GGCUACACUGCAACUUUGCAACUCUGACCUUAUUGCGUAUGUAACUUACAGUCGAUUAUCAUCAUCAAUAAGGCUCCAAUAUCCUACUUUGUAUAGGUACAUGCAUAGCCUAUAGUUGCCAACCACCAGUCCCCUUGCGCCAAACAUUAUGUAAAACAAAUCUCAGUAUAACACCAGACCGGCCAAAGCUCCGCCUCCAUGUAACAAAACAUGGACUGUAAAAAGCAGCCAAUGGCGCCGAUGGCGAAUUGCUACCAUGGACAGCGACCACGGAGUGUGCACGUCCAGGAUCUCGUUGCAUUGAAUUUAGAACGUUUUCGUUGCUGUCACUACGUGGGUUUACUUCCGAGCCUAAUGUAAAGCAUUAGGUAGGAGACACAUCGAGCCAGCAGCGAAAAGCGAAAUAGUGUAACGGCAAUACAGCCAUAUCAGAAGACAACAUCUGACUGUAGCCUAUAGACGAUAGAAAGACAUCAGAGAUUUGAUCACUUGACAUGGAGGCUAUUCUUAUUCGAAAUGUGCACAUUUUCUCCAAGAGCUCAUAUAAUCAGAUGGUGCUAUUGCCUUCAUUAUUGCAAUUGGGGAAAACUAAUCAAAAUGUGUAAAGUAUCCUUAUUUCACAUUCUACACUGCUACAAGGUAACGUGGGCUCCUUAAGACAACGAUAUUCUGUUAACUGGUUGAAUUGAGCAAGUUAACUCCGCUUGAGAACCUGAUAAAGGGACAAAUAAUUUCACAUCACUGAGAUCUAAAUGCAAUGCCAGAUUCCACUGCGUCAUGCAACGCGACCAUUAGGCUUCGUCCGCAAUCAUGUAGGCUAAUAGUUAUUAGGCAAUUAAUCAUAAAGUUAUACAUUUUCUGCGUUCCUGUAUCAUUUUCUAGAGUGUAGUAGGUGAACUGUUAUAGUAUACUGCCUAUAGGUUAUACGACGUUUGGAGAAAAGCAAGUCUUAUCCACAUCGCUGACUUCAGCCGACCACGAACCCCCAGUUCACUCCAGCAGGAAUCACAUCUGAGAGACAAUCUACCCGCAAUGGCCAGGCUGCGGAAGAAAGCGUGCAUAGCUCUGUUUUUAUUUACACUCUUCGUUUUUGGAACCAUGAUGGGUUUGAGAACUCUGAAGCCCAGCGAUGGGUUCUCAGACCUGGCCCCGGGGUUGGGCCUCCUGCCGAUGAUUGGAGGAAGGAUGGACCGGCGCUCGGUGUCCCAAGACGUCGUCUCCUCCCCGGGGCAGGUGCGCGCCAAAGUAGUUUUAUCAAACUCGGGACCUGAAGGAACCAUAUUUUACGACGUCCACAUAUUUUACAGCGUGUGGUACGGGAACCCGUCGAUGGAUGGGAAAUACAUGCACUGGGACCAUGUCCUCGUGCCACACUGGGACCCCAAAAUCGCCGCCAGUUACCCGAAAGGGAGGCAUAUGCCGCCGGAGGACAUCGGCUCCAGUUUCUACCCUGAGCUCGGUCCGUACAGCUCGAGAGAUCCGGAUGUAUUGGAGUCACACAUGGAGCAGAUUGGAGCGGCUGCUGCAGGGGUGCUGGUGCUGUCCUGGUAUCCUCCGGGCCUGGCCGAUGACAACGGGGAGCCCACAGAGGACCUGGUGCCGGCCGUCUUGGACGCUGCUCACAGACACAACCUCAAGGUUGCAUUUCACCUCCAGCCUUACAGAGGGCGGAGCGACCACAGUGUCCAUGACAACAUCAAGUAUAUCAUCGACAGGUACGGGGACCACGGAGCCUUCUACAAGUUCACCUCUAGCACGGGGAAUAUUCUGCCUCUGUUCUACAUUUAUGACUCGUAUCUGACGCCGCCCGAGAACUGGUCCGACCUGCUCCACCCCACGGGCUCCCACAGCCUGCGCGGCACGGCGUACGACAGUGUCUUCAUCGCCCUCAUUGUGGAGGAGCGCCACAAGCACGACAUUCUUGCCGGUGGUUUCGAUGGCAUGUACACGUACUUCGCCUCCAACGGGUUUUCUUUUGGUUCAUCCCACCAGAACUGGAUCGCCGUCAAGGCGUUCUGCGACGGUAACAACCUGUUAUUUAUACCUAGCGCCGGGCCAGGUUACAUCGACACCGCGGUCAGACCGUGGAACAACCACAACACGCGCAACCGCGUCAACGGUCGCUACUACGAGACGGCCUUGCAGGCAGCGCUGAACGUGCGGCCCGAGAUAGUCACUAUAACGUCGUUCAAUGAGUGGCACGAGGGCACACAGAUCGAGAGGGCUGUGCCAAAAAAGACGGUGACCAGGUUGUAUUUGGAUUACCAGCCGCACCAACCUGAACACUACCUGGAGCUCACCAGGAGGUGGGCAGAGCAGUUCAACAAGGAGAAAGAGACAUGGCUCAUGUGAACUGGCACUGUGUGUGUGUGUGAAAGAGAGAGAAAAAGCAUGAGUGACUGUAGAGGUUUAUGAAUGUGUGAGAGACAAGUGCGUGGGAAUUGGACUGGCGAAAAAACAAGAAAAAAAAUCCUGUUGGUGAAAAAUUGCAUUACGUGGUACAUUUGGGAUAUUCUACAGUUGACACUUAUGUGCAACAAUAAGCUCCCCAUCCUGCUUGCCAUAUCUCUGCCCUGGAUUUUGUCUCCCGAUAACCUCCAGACAAACCCCAUCCCUGCUACAAGCAUGGAUGGACACGUCAAUAGUCCAAUAUACAGUACACUCUGUCCUACUUUGACAAACCACUGCCCAAUGUAACCAUCUGUUUGGUACAAUGCACCCUGGCAUGACUUUUCUUUCUGCACAAUCCUUUUAAGUUUUAAAGUGAUAAUUCCAAUAAAAUAGACCAGGUGACAUU